AUGGGCAGCAUCGACGACACCGUGCCGCAUCCCAAGAAAUUCAACACCUCACUCACAGACUUCUCAGGCGUCCACGAGGACAAGACCGGCCCUUAUGCUGAAAGUCUCAGCGUCGAUGCGCUGAUUGUUGGCGCUGGUUUCGCCGGCAUCUUCAUGCUAAAAACCCUCCGCGACCUCGGCCUCCGCACUACAAUCUUCGAAGCAGGUACCGACAUCGGCGGCACCUGGCGCUGGAACUGCUACCCAGGCGCGGCCGUCGACUCCGAAGUCCCCGAGUACGAGUUCAGCUGGCCCGAGGUGUAUAGCACCUGGACGUGGAAGAGUAACUACCCGACGUACAGCGAGCUGCGCGAGUACUUUGACCAUGUGGAUCGGGUAAUCGGGGUUAAGCAGCACUGUGCGUUUGAGACUGUGGUUGUGGGGGCGAGGUUUGAUACUGAACUGGGGGUUUGGAGGGUGCAGACGGAGGAUGGGAGGGUUGCGACGGCGAGGUAUUUGGUGUUGGGGACGGGGUUUUCCGCAAAACGCUACAUCCCCCCCUGGCCCGGCAUGGACAAAUUCAAGGGAAUCGUCCACCACAGCUCCUUCUGGCCGGACACCGAAAUCCCCGUCGAGAACAAACGCUGCGCGAUAAUCGGGACCGGCGCCUCGGGGGUGCAAAUCACCCAGGCCUGGGGCCCCCGCGCAGGCAGCCUAACCGUCUUUCAACGCACCCCGAAUCUCGGCCUGCCCAUGCGCAAACAAUCCCUGACACCCGAGUCCCAGAAUGCGCUGAAGCACUACUACGCGGAGCUGUUCCGCUACCGCGAGACGACAUUCGCCGGGUUCCUCUACGACUGGGCCGAGAAGAAUACAUUCGACGACACCCCCGCGGACCGCGAAGCGUUCUAUGAAAAAGUUUGGCAAGAAGGCGGGUUCCGCUUCUGGGUGUCCAUCUACAAGGACAACGUUUUCGAUGCCGAGGCGAAUAAAGAGUCGUAUGCAUUCUGGGCGAAGAAGACGCGUGCCCGAAUCCGGGAUCCGCGACUCAGGGACCUCCUCGCGCCGGAUCCAAAGGACAUGCCGCAUUUCUUUGGGAUUAAACGGCCCGCGCUGGAGCGGGACUACUACGAGCAGUUUAAUCGCGAGAACGUGGAUCUUGUGGAUAUUAGGAGCAAUGGGAUUCGGGAGUUUACGGAGACGGGGAUCAGACUGGAAAAUGGGGAGCAUUACGAGUUUGAUGUUGUGGCUGUUGCGACGGGGUUUGACGUGGUCACCGGCGCAAUGACCCAGCUCAACCUUCAAAGCAUAUCCGGCACCUCCUUAUCCACCGAAUGGUCCUCCGGCGCCCAAACCUACCUGGGCACAACCAUAAGCGGCUACCCAAACAUGUUCCACCUCUACGGCGCGCACGGCCCAACCCUCCUCAGCAACGGGCCAACCUCUGUCGCCGUCCAGGGCCGGUGGAUCGCGGACGCGAUAUCCAAAAUCGAAGCACAAGGCGUCAAAUACAUCAACCCGAAACCCGAGGCGUCGGCGAAAUGGAAGAAGCGAAUCAUCGAGCUCAAUGACAAGACGUUGUUUCCGACGACAAGGUCGACGUAUAUGGGGGGUGGGAUUCCCGGCAAGGUUGUUGAGCCGGUCUGUUAUGCGGGUGGGCUGCCGAGGUAUGCGAAAGAGAUCAGGAAGGCGUUGGAUGAGUGGGAAGUCGGGUUUGAUAUUGUCAAGAAGUAGAUGUUCUGAGGAGCUUUAGGGGUUCUAUGUUGCUCUGGCCUUGCAGCACUUUCUGCUAUACCUACUCAGUUGGGGAUAAUGGUUUCGCACGACUUGGCUGGCAAAGAAACAUGCAUUUCAAGCACCAUCGGAUGUGUCGGAGAUUACGUCUGUCUACUGCCAUCACUAAGAAACUCUCCUCUGGAGCCACAGCCAAAAGCUCAUCUAUUUUCUUGCUUCCCCUGCAGCAUCUCCUCGUUCUGGUCAGCACCUCCUGUUAUCAUCCAUUAAAAAGAAGAAGAGGCUGAGGAAAAGAGAUUAAU